AAUAUAACAAAAAUCAUUGAUUAUACAGAUAUAUCUUUAAUUUUCAAAAAAUACAGUAAUAAUGUUUAUUUUAAAAAUGAUAAUAGUGCAAUGCACAAAUGAUAAUUUGGGUAAGAACGUGCUCUAAUUAUAAUGACAUUUUAGUUUCCCCUAGUACUUUAAUCCCCAUCAAUAAUCUUAUAUUCUUAGAUUCGAAAUCGAAGAAUGUGGAACAACAGAGAGUGGAACGGCAGGUUAAUAAGCGGACAAAGCUCAUGUAUAUUUAGUAGUAAUAAAACACAUGCAAAUAUUUGUAAUAAUUAUUUACACCCUUUCUGUAACAUUAUCUAGCUACACUAAUCAGCAGUAACAUAAAUAAAAGUGCAGAUCCAUGCUCUAAUUUUUAUGAUUUUGCUUGUGGCGGAUUCAUAAAAAAAAUCAAUCUUACCGACUCUCAAAAAGAAGUUAGUCAUUUGAGCGAUAUACGAAAACAAGUUAUUAGAGAUUUAAAAAAAGUUUUGGAGGAAAGAGUCAAUACAGACAAUCCUAGACUAUUUGGAUUAGUAAAAAAUUAUUACAAAGCAUGCAUGGGUUUAAGUAAGUUAUGUUUGCUUGACUAAAAGAAAUUCAUGUAUUAUGUACACGUGUUACUAAACUACUUUACAAACAGAUACCGUAGAGAAUAUAGGCUUGCAGCCUCUUUUGAAAAUUCUUGAACAGCUUGGUGGUUGGCCAGUUAUGCUAUGCGAUAAUUGGGACGAAAAUAAAUUUGAUUGGCUAGAAACGUCAGUUAAACUGCGAGAACUUGGUUACCCACAAAACUAUGCACAAAAGAAAAUAUGUAAAUUCAUCUUGCGCAUAUCGAGUUGAAAUAAUAAUAGUUGGCAUAAAAACAUAAGAACUAUACUAAUACAUUUUCCACAUUUUAUUUUUGCCAGAUUAGCGAAGGAGAAUCCGUGAUAAACGGGAAUCUGCUGGCACAUGGAUUUGGGCAUGAAACUGUUCAGCUCUAUUAUAAUUACACUAUGAAGGUUGCUCAAUUACUUGGAGCAGAUAAACAACGCGCAGCUCUUGAACUACGUGAAGUCAUUUAUUUUGAGCGCCGAUUAGCAUUGGUAAUAUAAUUACUAAUUACUUUUAAGGUUCAACAAUCUUUCACAAACACAUGAUUUUAUUAUUUUUAUCAUAUAAAUCAUUUGUCAAUAAUUUGGUCAAUUCGUCGUAAAUACAAUUAAAGACUUAGAAAAAACAAUUCCGCAAAUACCGUGGUUAGAAUAUUUGAACAACAUUACAGCCCCGUUUGCCGAACUCGAAAGCACAGAAGAGAUAAAAGUAGAGAAGCCAUAUUAUCUUAUUAAUCUUUACACGGCCUUGUUCAGAGCAAAAAAGAGAACUGUGGCCAAUUACUUGAUUUGGAGAGUAAUAGCUGAAUCUGCUCCAUACCUGAGUUCAGACAUUAGAAAAAUACACGAAGAAUUUAAAAAAAGCAUCAACGAUAACAAAACUAAAGUUCAACCCAGGUACGAAUAAUGCAUUAAGCAAUUGACUAACAAGGGCAAUGGCAUAACGGUUGGCAUAAGUUCUCUCUACGUCAGACGUUUCUUUAAUAAUGCUACUCGGAUUGAUGUCAAAGAUAUUGUAAACUCCAUAGAAAAUCAAUUCCAAUCAUAUCUAAAUAAGACCUCGUGGUUAGAUGACUUGACGAAAGAACGAGCUUUAAGAAAGAGUCGUUACAUGAAACAAAUUAUUGGAUAUUCGGAUGAAUUCUUAAAUGACAAAAUAAUCGACAAAUACAGCUCUAAUUUAACGAUCAGUCCAAAAACUCAUUUUCAAAAUUUCCUUAACGUACAACGAUUUCACGUUGGAUUACUCUUUAUCUGGUCUUUACAACCUGACAGAUAAUACAAUGUGGACAGUGUUUUCAGAUUCGACAUCUGCGAACGCAUAUUACUAUGGCUUUUCAAAUACAAUUGUUGUGUUAGCUGCCAUACUGCAGCCACCAAUAUUCAAUCAUUACUGGCCAAGUUACAUGAAAUACGGCAGUACAGGUUUUAUAAUCGGGAACGAAAUAAUGCAUGCCUUCGACACCGACAUGUAUAUUUUUGAUGAAACGGGUAGCAUAAAGCAGUGGUAUACAGACAAAAGUGCAAAUGAAUACAUCAAUAGAACCGAAUGCUAUGUCCAACAAUACGAGCGAUACGUAGAUCAACAAACAGGAUUAACUGUUUGAAAAUGUCCUACACUAGUUACAUCGAGUGGGUCAAGAAGAACGGGUCGGAACAACCACUUCCAGGACUAAAGUAUACGGCAGAUCAAUUUUUUUGGAUAAGUUCCGUUAAUUUUUUGUGCAGUAAAUGACACAGGACUUGCGUAGACUGACGAUAAAGCUGGACAAUCAUUCACCAGAUGACAUUCGAGUACUAGGCAUAAUGACAAACUCACAGGAAUUCGCAAAAUCUUUCAAUUGUCCAGUAGAUUCGCCAAUGAAUCCUAAAAAUAAAUGCAGUCUGGCAUAGAUCAAUUGUGAAAACUACAAAAAUGUUUCAGUUUACUAUCCUUACCACUGU